CACCGGCACCACCAUUACUGACGGAAGCAGGUAAGGAUUCAUCGGUUCCAUCAUGGGUGCCUACAAGUACAUUCAGGAGUUAUACAGGAAGAAGCAGACCGAUGUGAUGAGGUUUCUUCUGCGAGUAAGGUGCUGGCAGUACCGUCAGCUAUCUGCUAUCCAUAGAGCAACCCGUCCCACACGUCCAGACAAGGCCAGGAGGCUGGGAUACAGGGCUAAGCAAGGUUACGUCAUCUACAGGGUACGUGUUCGCCGUGGUGGACGCAAGCGCCCAGUUGCUAAGGGAUGUACCUAUGGUAAACCAAAAACUCAUGGAGUGAACCAGCUUAAAUUCCAGCGCUCACACAGAUCCAUUGCAGAGGAACGUGUUGGUCGCAAGUGUGGAGCACUCCGUGUCCUGAACUCCUAUUGGGUUGCUCAAGAUUCCAGCUACAAAUUCUUUGAAGUUAUUCUGGUGGAUACCUUCCAUAAGGCUAUCCGCAGAGACCCAAAAAUACAGUGGAUUUGCAAGGCUGUCCACAAGCACAGGGAGCUCCGUGGUCUUACUUCUGCUGGAAAGAGUUCACGUGGUCUUGGAAAGGGUCAUGGAUUCCACAAAACUACUGGAGGGUCACGCAGGGCAAACUGGAAGAAGUCCAAUUCUCUCAGUCUCCGCAGAAAGCGUUAGAAAUAACGCUUGCAUUUUUUUCUUUUUUUUUUUAUUUGCUCGGUUAAAUAACCGAGCAACUGCCCUGUGCAGAUCUAAAAAUAAUUGAUGGAAUAAACAGCAGAAGGAAA